AUGUCCAAGCCGCUUGCCAUUCCUCCCAAGCGUGCUCUUGCCUCAAAGGAAGCCACCCUCUUCAAAGAUCUCCUUAACCACUAUGAGACGAAGCAGCUCAAAAAAGGUCUCAAGACUGCUGAUCAAAUUCUCAAAAAAUACCCAGAGCAUGGCGAAACAUUAUGCAUGAAAGGGCUUGUCCUGGCUCACAUGGGCCGGCGGGAGGAAGGCAUCGACCUCGUCAAAAAGGGUGUUCGAUUUGAUCUAACGUCACACAUUUGCUGGCACGUCUUCGGGCUCAUCCAGAAAGGGGAGAAGAACUACGAGGAGGCUCUGAAAUCAUAUACACAAGCUCUUCGUUUCGAUCGGGAAAACUUGAACAUUCUCCGCGAUGCUGCCCAACUUCAAACGCAGUUACGAAUAUUCGACGGCUUGGUGGAGACCCGAAGUACACUCUUGAGACUGCGACCGAACGUUCGUCAACAUUGGGUUGGAUUAGCAGUCGCCCACCAUCUAAAUGGCAAUUUGACUGAAGCACGCAAAAUCUUAGAAAAUUAUCAACGGACUCUAAAGAACGUUCCUGAUUAUGACAUUGAACACUCCGAAACACUGCUAUACUAUGUCCACCUGUUAGAAGAGAUCGGCGACCUUGAUGAAGCCCUGUCCGUACUUGACUCAAAUGCGAAGACAAGAGCAAUUGUGGACCGCACAGCCAUUAUGGAGAUUCGAGCCCGCGUGCUUACCAGAAAGCAGUCUGAAGAGGCUGAACAUGCCUGGAGAUCUCUGCUAGAGCACAAUCCAGAUUGUUACGAUUACUACCGUGGGUACCUCUCAAAUAUGGGCGUCGAACUCGGUGAGCGCAACUGCUGUGCGCUGAGAGUGUUGAAAGAGUUUUCCGCAUCAAUACCUAAAGCCACCGCUCCCCGACGAUUGGCUUUGACAAUUUCGGUAGGCGAUGCAUUCAAGGAGCUCGCAAAACCCUACCUCCUCACAGGGUUGGCCAAAGGCAUACCAUCCCUAUUCGCUGACAUCAAGUCCCUGUACAAAGACAAAGAAAAGCAGCAGGUCAUAGAGGACAUCGUUGAGGCCUCCCUCACGCCAACAGACCCAUCAUCUUCUACCGACGUGGAGCCAACAACAUACCUUUGGACCUUGUAUUUCCUUGCUCAACACCAUGCAUACUUAUCUCGCGCAGAAAAAGCCCUUUCCAUCCUUGAAACAGCAUUGUCCCACACUCCCACACUCCCAGAGCUCCACCUGUGUAAAGCCCGCGUUCUCAAACGCGCGGGAGAUUACUACGGUGCAGCCCGUUGUGUGAAUGAUGCACGGUUGCUUGAUGGCCAAGACCGGUUCCUGAAUACCAAGUGCGGUAAAUAUCUUCUUAGAGCUGGUAUGCCGGAAGAAGCCAGUACUGUCCUCGGGUUGUUUACCAAGAAAGAUGCCCCCAGUCCAGGUGCGGAUCUCGAGGACAUGCAAUCCCUUCUUUAUCUUCUGGAGGAAGCCAAUUCUCAUCGUCAAUAUGGUAAACCCAAUCUUGCACUCAAGAAGUACAUGGCUAUCAAGAAGGUCUUUGACGAGAUCGACGAUGAUCAAUACGAUUUCCAUGGAUACAACUUGCGCAAGUUUACCAUUAAUAUUUACAUGCGCCUUCUCAAAUGGGAAAAUACUCUCCGAUCUCACCCUGCCUACGUUACUGCCGCAGUUGAGGCGUCAAAACCUCAAUCAAGUCCUUUAUCUCACCUGUUCCUGUCAGCGAACUUGACAGACGCCGAGAAAAAAGCAAAAAAGAAAGCCAAGAAGGCUGCCCAAAAGGUUCAGGAUGACAAGAAGGGUACAGACAAAGGCCUCGAAGCCACCCCACAAAAGGACGACGACCGCGAUGGCUUGAAACUCCUGGCUUCACCUGACGGGCUGGAACAAGCCGCCAAAUUGCUUCACCCCUUGUCGACAUUCUGCGCCAACAAUAUUGACGUGUGGAUAGCCAUUUACGAUGUUGCUGUGCGACGAAAAAAGCUUCUCCAGGCCUUGACUGCGCUGAACCAUGCACGAAGUCUUGAUCCCGAACAUCCCGAAUUACAUAUCCGUGCUGUUCAUCUCAAGAAAACCGGUACGUCUUUGUACUCGAAAUUGCUGACCUACUCACUCAGUCAAUCGUCUAGCCUCCUCACUCCCUCAACCCCCACCAGCUCCUAUUGGACCCAUAUUCCUUGA